AUGACGGGCGGCAUCGUUGUGCAGAACUUGGGAGCUAGCAUGUACAAGCGUGUACAUCUGGAGUCGGACCCCGACCAGUGGCCGCCGCGCUUCACAAAGCUAGAGCUUGACUUGGAGGGUGGAGGCAAGGUGGCGUUCGUGGAUUCGCGCAGGUUCGGCCGCGUGCGGCUACAGGUGGACCCCGCCUCCCGCGAGCCGCUGAGCCGCCUGGGCUUCGAUGUGCUCAGCGAGAUGCCGCCGCUGGAGGAAUUCUGUACGGCAGUACGGCAGCGGGGGGCGCGGGGGGCGGGGGCCAAGAUAAAGGCGCUGCUGCUGGACCAGGAGUUUUGCAGCGGCAUAGGUAACUGGGUCGGAGACGAGGUAAGGACGAGCAGAGGGGAACGGCAAAGGUACCGAUGUUGUCCGGCCAGGGAGUGUCGGGUGCUGCUGGGUCCUGUCUUUCUUGAACCCGAUGAGCCACCGUGCUUUCUAC